UGCUGGGAGAGUUCAUGCAUCCUUGUGAAGAUGACAUCGUUUGUAAAUGUAAAACAGAAGAAAACAAGGUGCCUUAUUUCAACGCCCCGGUGUACUUGGAUAAUAAGGAACAGAUUGGCAAAGUGGAUGAAAUCUUCGGACAGUUGAGAGAUUUUUAUUUUUCAGUGAAGCUAUCUGAGAACAUGAAAGCCUCUUCAUUUAAAAAAAUGCAAAAGUUUUACAUUGAUCCAGCAAAGCUGCUGCCCCUUCAGAGAUUUUUGCCAAGGCCACCUGGAGAAAAAGGUGCUCCCAGAGGAGGUGGUAGAGGAGGACGUGGUGGUGGACGUGGAGGAGGAAGAGGCGGUGGUAGAGGAGGAUUCGGAGGAGGAAGAGGUGGAGGAAGAGGAGGAGGAGGAUUCAGAGGAGGAAGAGGUGGAGGAGGAGGAGGAGGAUUCAGAGGAGGAAGAGGUGGUGGAGGAGGCUUUCGGG